GAUGACGACAAAACUUUUCCAUUACCUUCUCCAGAAAAGAUCCGAGCACCCUUAGAUACAUCAGUGGAAUACCCUGAAUGCGAUUCUCUUGAAAGAAGUUAAGAGAAUAGCAUAAAAUCGAUGGGAAAUCAAAGUACUGAGAAUGAAAUCUCGCAUGUAUCGUUACCACAGAUUGACAGCAGUGGAGUGUUGGAAUCGAGUUUUUGCCCGACUGACGACAAUAAUUCUACGCUGGAACAUUCUAAUGAGCAGGAUUGCAAUGAAACGGCUUCACCAAAAAAUUCUCUUGAUACUUUGGAUCUGGUCAUCACGAGUGGAGCGAAAGAUGAUGUCGAUAUGAUUGUAAAAACCUCCGACUCGAAGAUAAAGCGAAAUUUUUGUUGUUAUUGCAAAACGUUACAGACGGUUAUAAGUCGGCACUUGGAGAAGGUUCAUCGUAAUGAGGCUGCGGUGAAAAAAUUUGCAGUUCUGCCUAAAGGGAAUCCCGAACGUAAAAAAAUAAUAGAAACCCUCAGAUAUCUCGGCAACUACACUCACAAUACGAACACUUCUCAUAACACCGGGGAACUUCUGGUUGCACGUCGCCCAAAUCAACGGAUGAAUCGCCUUGCAAGAGAUUACAUUAUGUGCCAUAACUGUCGGGGCUGUUUUUCGAAGACAAGUAUUCGACGACAUAGACAACGUUGUAUCGGAAUCGACAGCACGCAUAGUCGGGAAUUCGUGGUAUUUUCACGAAAAAUAGCUGGACGACUACACUCUGCAGCAAAUGCGCAACUACGAGAUGUCGUUUUUCCAGUCAUGCGAGAAGAUCCGAUUGUCAGACUCAUACGAUAUGACGAACUGCUUAUCAUCUUCGGUAACAAAUUAGCGGAUUUAUAUAAACAUCAACAACAACAUGACAUGAUUCGUGCAAGAUUACGCCUUCUUGGCCGAUUACUCGAAAAUGUACAAGCUCUUUGCCCUGAAAUUAAAAGCUUCAGCGAUAUAUACCGUCCCAAGUAUUACGAUAGCGUUGUGGUUGCAAUAAAAAAAGUUGCCAAAUUUGACGAAAAAAAACAAACUUUCGGUACACCGUCGAACGCUACUUCUCUUGGAACCUACAUUACCAAAGUUGGAAAAUGUUUUAUCACUCAGUGCAUAAAACGAGAAGAUAAUAUCUCGAAAGAACUAGCAGAAAACUUUCUGAAAAUCCACGAGGAAGAAUUCUGCGCACAAAUUAGUAAACUUGCAGUGGAAAUUCAGCUGGAAAGAAAUCGAAAGAACAAAAAACCACUUCCUUUGAACACUGACAUCGUCAAACUGUAUACUUUCCUUGAAGAUGAACAAAAAAUAAAUCGCGCUUCUCUUCUGAAAAAGUUCUCUUACGAGGCAUGGCUGAAAUUGCUGCAAGUAGUGCUUAUUUCAGUGCAAUUGUUCAAUCGUAAGCGGGCAGGAGAAAUCGAGCGGCUAUUAAUUGAGGAUCUGAAUCGUUAUGAAAAGCUAGACGCAGAAUCAAACCCGAAUUGGUACAACACGCUCGACGAAGAGGAGAAAAAAUUAACAGCAAUAUAUGUGCGUGUCGUUAUUCGUGGCAAACUCGGGCGUAAUGUGCCGUUCUUAAUAUCGAUGGAGAUGCUAGAGACCGUGAUGCUCCUCCUCAAGUUCAGACCAUUGCCUCGCUCAGCAAAACAAGGAGAUGAGCCUCUAAAUCUUCCCGAUCAAAGAGACGAAUUGGCUAUGAAUUCAAAAGUAAAAGUGCACGCCGACAAUCCUUUCGUUUUCGGAAUUCCUGGAUACGAUAAUGGCCGAUUCAAACACUUGAGAGCAACGAACCUCAUGCGCCGUUUUGCAGAGGAAUGUGGUGCUGAAUUCCCUGGAAGACUCACAGGAACAAAUUUGAGGAAACACAUGGCCACUCAAUGUGCAUCUAGGGAUGUCGACGAAACAAAAAUUCACAAUGUUGCAAAAUUUUUGGGACAUAGCGAAGAAAUACAUCGUCAAACAUAUCGUCAACCAACAGCCUACCAUGAUGUGUGCACUAUUUCAAGAGUAUUGGAAAACGCUGUUGGAUUGAAUCCGGCAGAUGAUUCAACAGAUAUAGCUGAAGAGACGGGGAAGAAAAAAAAAAGAAAAGCUCCUAAGAACAAAAAGCAGCAGGAAAGCCAUGGAAAUUUGCCAGAUAACGAGGCAGACGAAGGCACUUCAACACAGUUCGCUCAGAAAACUUCUAAAAUACAUGCGGGUACUACAGAAGCUUCAACGGGAAAAAGACGACAAGGCCGUUAUGAAAUUCCAUCGGAUUCUGAUGGAGAUAGUGAAACUUCAAUGUACUCUCCUCACAAGGAUUCAAAGCGUAGGCGUGUAGUACCGUCAGACAUUUCCAGUGAGAGCGAAAUCGAUGAUCCGCCGGAAAAAAAAUCCAAAGGAAAAACCCGGAUAGUAAUGCGAAAAGUUCGUUGGACAGAAGAAGAAAAACGCGUAACUUUAACGGCAUUCAAAGACUCCAUUGAUCAUUGGAAAUUGCCAUCUUCUGCAGAGUUGAGGGAGCAUAAACGCAAAUAUCCAUGCGUUCAACGGUCAAUCGACCAAAUUCGAACUUGGAUAAGUAAUCAAAUAAGAAAUAAGAAAAAGGAUUGUUGAAUCCUUAUAAAAUAGCAAUACUCUUUCGAUUAUAUCAAAGUUAUUAUUCUUAACUUUAAUUUAUAUCAACUCAUUUUGCUAAUUAUAUUAGCGCUUUGUACUCGAGCUUUUUUACUACUUUAUAUUGCUUUUAUACUCACUUUAGUAUCAAAGAUCCAGUUUUACAUGGAAAAAUUGUUUCUACGUACGAAAGUACCAAAGAUGUGAUUAAGAGUCGUACAGUCCUCCUCACUAAUAUUUUUGAAAAUUUUCAUGAUAUUCAAUAAACCUGUGUUAUUUGUGGAUAAAACUGUGUGAAUAAAAAUGGUUCAAAAACUUGCAAA